CCUUUUAAAGAGGCAGUCAAACUUCUGAACCUGGUGCUGGUGACCAGACUUCAUCAUGGUGGCCUGUGGGUUUCUUGUAUGUGAACGUCUACUGUUAGCCUGCUUCCUCUUUCUCUCUGUGUGUGGACAAACCUCAGGACUGUAUUUCAUGGUGACGUUUCCUGCAGUGAUAGAGUCUGGAUCUGAGGCUACACUGUGUACGAGUUUUCUGAAGCCUAAUGAGACUCUGCAAAUGACCAUUUAUCUGGAUCAUGACAACCAGAGCAGAACACUUCUACAGGAGAGAGUGGAGGAAGAAUUUCACCGCUGCUCUCAGUUUAAGGCUCCACAGGUUGGAGGUCAAUCAGUGCAGGAGAUCAGAGUAGAGGUCAAAGGUGAAAGUUUUCAGAUGACAGAGAAAAGAAAAGUUAUGUUUAAAUCCUACAACCCACUGACAUUCAUUCAGACUGAUAAACCAAUCUACAACCCCGGCCAAACAGUGAAUUUCAGAGUCGUCACUCUGGAUACUAAUUUUGUCCCACUUACACAAGAGUACAGCAUACUGACUCUUGAGGAUAACAAUGGUAACAGGAUCGGUCAGUGGACGAAUGUGUCCUCAACAGGCCUGAUAGUGCAGCUUUCACACAAGCUGAAUCCUGAGGCUCCUGAGGGCGAGUAUAAACUGGAGACUAACAUUGGGGAUAGGUCAAUCACACAUAAUUUUAAAGUGAAGAAGUAUGUUUUACCCAGGUUUGAGAUUACAAUGAAAACACCAGAAGAACAGAGUGUUGGGGAGGAGGAACUGAAGAGCGAGGUUUGUGCAAAGUACACUUACGGACAGCCAGUACCUGGUAAAGCUCUGGUGCAAGUGUGCCGGAAAUUUAAACGCAAUUUUCUUCAGGAUAUUGCCAUGAUUUCACCGUGCCUGGUUGAAACUGUAGAGAUGAAAGAGAAUGGAUGCGCCUCUCUUGUAUUCAACAUGUCGCAUUUCAUCAGUUCUGAAUUUGAACAACAUUUGAAAGAUUCUCUUGACGCUACUGUUACAGUGACAGAGGAGGGAACAGACAUUUCCAUGGAAAAAUCUGAAUCUAUAAAGAUCACUUAUGAAAUUGGUAAAGCUGAGUUUCUCGAUUUACCCAAAAACUUUGAACGGGACACAAUUAUAGAGGGAAAGAUCAAAAUGUCAACCUUCAGUGGAAAACCAGUUCCUAACAAGAACGUCUAUCUUUUGGAAGGUCAUAGGUGGUCUCCAACACUACUUCAAAAUCUUACUACAGAUAUUAAUGGAUUGGCCAGCUUCUCAAUUAACAUGUCUAAUCACCAUAAACCACAGAUUUCGCUGCUGGCAAGUGUCUAUCCAGACAACAUAUACCGUGGAUACAGAAAACCUUUCUUUACAUUCAGUGAAGUACAAAUACCACUCCUCCAACCUGCUACACCUCACAGUCCAGUCUACAGUGAAUUAUCAAUAGAGAGCUUAGAGGAACCGAUUCCAUGUGGUUCUGAAAUUUCUAUAAACAUUAAGUACUACAUUGUUGGGGAAACCACAGAGAAUUACAGCACUGAUAUUAUAUAUACAGUCUUGUCUAAAGGAGCCAUAGUCCAUCAUGGAUAUGAGAAAGUUGAAGUGAAAGAAUCCAAAAAGAUAGAGGGAAAAGUCUCAUUCAGACUGUCUGUUGAUGCUGAACUGGCUCCUGUAGUGCAGGUUCUGGUGUACUGUGUGCUGCCCAGUGAGAACGUCAUCGCUGCCAGCAAGGAUUUUAAUGUUGAAAAAUGCUUCAGACACAAGGUCUCACUGCAGUUCUCUCCCACUGAGGCAGUUCCUGGUGAGGAAAACACUCUCCAGCUCUCAGCUCUGCCUGGUUCAUUGUGUGGACUCAGUGCUGUGGAUCAGAGCGUGUUCAUCAUGGAGCCAGGAAAACGCCUCAAUGUUAGCGAGGUCUUUAACUUGUUGCCAGUGAAAUCAAUGUCAGGUUAUUCCUAUGAAGUUGAAGAUGGGCAGGAGUGUUUGCAUGUUAGACCACGCCGGAAUGCACGGAUAGACCACGUUUAUGAUACUAUAAAGGGUGUGGGGCUCAAGAUGGCAACCAAUUUGGCUGUGAGAUUUCCUGAAUGUUUGGUCUACAGAGAUGUUCAGUUUCAUCGACUCUAUGGUGGGUUCGUUGAACAAAUUAGCUUCGACUUUCCUGUAUCAAGACAGAUGCUGUACGAUGCAGACAAUGCAGUGUCUGGACCUAUUGAGACAGUCCGCAAGUUCUUCCCAGAAACUUGGAUAUGGCAACUUGCAGAAGUGGGAGACUCUGGAUCAGCACAGGUUCCUGUCACUGUUCCUGACACUAUCACCACUUGGGAGACGGAGGCUUUCUGUCUGUCCUCUAGAGGUCUGGGAGUGGCUCCUCCUGCUCAGCUUCGUGUCUUCCAGCCCUUCUUCCUGGAGCUCUCGCUGCCCUACUCCAUCAUCCGGGGAGAGGAGUUUGAGCUGAAGGCCACUGUCUUCAACUAUCUCUCCAAGUGCAUUAUGGUUAAAGUGACUCCAGCUCCUUCCUCACACUACACUCUGAAAGCCUCCUCUGAUGGAGAGUAUUCAUCCUGUCUGUGUGCAAAUGGUAGAAAGACCUUCAAAUGGACUCUUGUUCCCUCUGUGCUUGGGGUCUUGAGUGUGACAGUCAGUGCUGAGGCAGAACAGUCACAGGCUGUGUGUGACAAUGAGAUUGUGAGUGUGCCUGAGAGAGGCCGCACUGACACAGUCACACGGAGCCUGAUUGUACAGGCUGAAGGAACUGAAAAGACCAAGAGCCAGAGUUGGUUGCUGUGUCCACAGGGAAACAGUGUUUCAGAAGAGCUGGAGCUGGUUCUUCCUGCAGAUGUAAUCGAUGGAUCAGCACGGGCUUCUGUUUCAGUGCUCGGAGACAUAUUGGGCCGUGCACUAAAGAAUAUUGAUGGAUUGCUGAAGAUGCCAUAUGGCUGUGGAGAACAAAACAUUGCUCUCCUCGCCCCCAACAUCUACAUUCUUCAGUACCUGGAGAACACUGGACAGCUCACUGCAGCCAUCCGUGAGAGAGCUACAGGUUUCCUUAAGAGCGGAUAUCAGAGGCAACUGAACUACAAGCAUUUCAGUGGUGCAUACAGCACAUUUGGCAGAGGAGAGGGGAAUACAUGGUUAACUGCUUUUGUCCUGAGAACUUUUGGCAAAGCACAGCGUUACAUCUUUAUUGAUCCACAAAACAUUGAGACUACAAAGACAUGGCUGAUAAGUAAUCAGAGACCAGACGGCUGUUUUAUAAGACGGGGACAACUAUUCAACAACAGAAUGAAGGGUGGUGUAAAUGAUGAUGUGACCAUGACUGCUUACAUCACUGCAUCGUUGCUUGAAUUAGGCCAUACAGUGAAGGAUCCUGUUGUGAGUAAAGGGUUAUCAUGUCUAAAGUCCUCUAUUGGCAACCUGACAAACACCUACGCCACUGCACUGCUGGCCUACACUUUCAGUCUGGCUGGAGAGCAUGAUGUUCGAGAGCAGCUGCUGAAGAAGUUGGAUAGUGUUGCCAUUUCAGGAGAUGGUCGCCUUCACUGGUCUCAGUCAGCAUCAGAUGACUCUGACUCCUUAACAGUGGAGAUCAGCUCCUAUGUUCUGCUAGCUGUUCUCACUACAGCUGAAGUCACUGCUGCUGAUUUGGGCUAUGCUAACAGGAUUGUCAGCUGGCUGGUGAGGCAGCAGAAUCCCUAUGGUGGCUUCUCCUCCACGCAGGACACAGUGGUGGCCCUCCAGGCUCUGGCUCUGUACUCCACCAAAGUGUUCAGCUCUGAUGGCUCCAGCACAGUAACUGUGAAGUCAGAUAAAGAGAGUCACCACUUUGAUGUGACCCAGGACAACAAGUUACUGUACCAGGAGAGGCCACUGCAGGAUGUCCCCAGCAAAUACAGCAUUUCAGUGAAAGGCUCCACCUGCGUGUCUCUGCAGGUGGCGCUUUUCUACAAUAUCCCCACACCUACUGAAACCAAUACAUUGAGCAUCGAGGCUAAAACUGAUGGAAAUUGUACCAAAUCAUUUGGAUACAUUCUGUCCAUCAACUUCACAGUCACAUAUAAUGGGGAGUUAAACAGCACUAACAUGGUCAUAGUGGAUAUAAAAAUCUUAUCAGGAUUCACAUCAGAUCCCAGUGAUCUAAAAUACCGCCCACUUGUGGAACGGGUCGAUUCCAAAGAUGACCAUGUUAUCAUGUAUAUGAAAGAGGUGCAAAAAUAUUGCAAGCUGUGGACAGAGCUAAGUCUUCUUUCAUUCAUUUAAUUUCAGCUUGUGUUUUAUUUAAAAAUUCACUCUCUUUUUAUUUAACUCAAUAGCUGCCUUUCUCACUUCUCACUUACAGUUCAAACACCUCAAAUUCAGCCUCACAGCUAGGACAGCUUCACCUGAACCACUGUUGCUAACUUGCUAAUGGCUUACAGCUUAAGGCUUCUGGGCGAAACUCGUGCUUUUGAAAUCUGGUUCCACAUUAUGUUCAUCAGUCUUCGUACAUACAGUGUAGGCCUAUUCUCAGUAAGACUGCAUGGACUGAAAUGUAACAUCCGUACACUGAUGGUUUAGGACAAAUACACAUACGGUUACACCCCUAAUACGUAGUUAUUAAUAAGAAUAUUCAUUCAGUACUUUUUUUAAAAUUUAUUCAUCUGGGGCUGUAAUACAGAAACUAAGGUAAGAUCUGAUCUUAUUACAGAAGCAAAUUUCAUCUUAAUUUAAGAAUUAUAUCUCACACAAUCUUAUCUCAAGUUAAGAAAUCCUAAAUAAACUUGAACAAGGUUGAUAAUUAAUUAUGUCUGUUACCCAGCAACCAAAGUUAUGCCCAUAAUGUUAAAAAAUGUGCAUUAGUUUACUAGACAGCUACUGAUGGAAAAAAGGACCGAAUUUAAGACAGUAGCUAUUACAGAAUAACCGCCCCUAAGUUCAUAAUCUUAUCCUAACUCCAGAUAAGAAAACAGUAUUACAGAAAUAUUCUAAAUAGACUACAUGUCUGAAAUACUGUCCUAACGUUAGGAUAAACCCCAGCAGUGUCCUAACUUUUGUUUUACCUUCAGUUUUUAACCAUUUUUAAGCAGCCGUGACAGGCAGCGUAACAAGUUCACAAUAUCUAGCAUAAUGAU